CUUCUCCCCCUGUGCUCAAACAUUCAUGCAGCCAUCCCUUCUUCGCUCAUUCGCCACGACCUCUCGCAUCAUGUCGAACGUAUUCUUUGACGUCGCCCGCAACGGCCAGCCGCUCGGCCGCAUCACCUUCAAGCUGUACGACGAUGUCGUCCCCAAGACGGCUAGGAACUUCCGCGAGCUCGCGACCGGCCAGAACGGAUACGGCUACAAGGGCUCCACCUUCCACCGCGUCAUUCCCUCGUUCAUGCUCCAGGGUGGUGACUUCACCGCUCACAACGGCACUGGCGGCAAGUCCAUCUACGGCGCCAAGUUCCCCGAUGAGAACUUUGUGCUCAAGCACAACAAGCCUGGUCUGCUCUCGAUGGCCAACGCUGGCCCCAACACGAACGGCAGCCAGUUCUUCGUGACCACUGUUGUCACCGAGUGGCUCGACGGCAAGCACACCGUCUUCGGCGAGGUCGUCGAUGGCAUGGACAUCGUCAAGAAGGUCGAGAGCUUCGGCAGCCGCGAUGGCAAGACAAACGGCCAGAUCACCAUUGCCGACUGCGGCACCCUCUAAGUCUCGCACUUUCCGAGUGCAAGGAAAAUGACAUUAGUCGAGGCAAUGACAGACUCUUGUGACAUGACGCGCGAACAGCCAAAAUGUAAAAAGAAAGGGAACGAAGCCAAACUGAAGUCUGAGAAAGGAUGAGAAGGAAACGACACUCUCAGAGACCGCAAGUCGUGCACAUCAGACAUACGAUGCAGCAAGCAAACUGCGAGCGCUUGCAAUUCUGUUUUUGUAAGCCUUUGCGUCGUGCCUGCGCAAUGAAAGCGACCAUUCGGACGCGUUAUUUCAGAUUCAGGCUCGCUAAGUGACAAGCGUCCUCCUAGAAGCUGGAUGUCUACUGCUCUAUCAUU